CACACUAACUUCACGAACUGCGGGAAAGAAGUGCGAGGCGACCGUCGUCUUUCGUUUGAAGUCUUUCGAGUUCAAAGAGCACGGCCUGUUGUAGCUACAUUUUGAAACUUUUAAACUUGGUUUCGAAAGAAUAUAUUUCUUUCUUUCUGAAAUGGCAACGGGAGCUAACGCGACCCCGCUGGGGAAGCUGCACCCGAGUAUCGGCGCCAAGCGAGGCUUCGAAGCCGGGCCUGGCGCUGGGCUGAUGGCUUCGCCCGGCCUUCCGGUGCCUUUCCCACCGCCUAACUUCCAGCAGCCGCCGCCCCCGGCUCCUUUCUCCCAGUCAUCGCACCAGUUUUCCUCGGCGGUGUCCGGGUUCUCGCAGCAACAGGCGCAGCAGUCGCAGCAAGGAGUCGGGAUGCAGUCUCCGUCAGGUGGAGAUUCUGGGUCAAAGAAAGCUCGGAAGAGGAGCCGCUGGAGCAGCGAGACUCCCGACCAGAAGACCGUGAUCCCGGGAAUGCCCACCAUCAUCCCCCCCGGCCUCACUCGCGAGCAGGAGAGAGCUUACAUAGUCCAACUGCAGAUCGAAGACCUGAGUCGCAAGCUUCGCACUGGAGACCUGGAAAUCCCUGUAAACCCAGAGGAAAGGUCUCCUUCCCCGGAGCCCAUCUACAACAGCGAGGGCAAGAGGCUGAACACCCGGGAGUACCGCACCCGCAAGAAGCUGGAGGAGGAGCGGCACGCCCUCAUCACUGAGAUGGUCCGGCUGAACCCCGAGUUCAAGCCCCCCGCCGAUUACAAGCCUCCGGCCACCAGAGUCAAUGACAAAGUGAUGAUCCCUCAGGACGAGUAUCCAGAGAUCAACUUUGUGGGCUUGCUGAUCGGACCGCGUGGUAACACCCUGAAGAACAUCGAGAAGGAGUGCUGUGCGAAGAUCAUGAUCCGCGGGAAGGGCUCGGUGAAGGAGGGCAAGGUGGGCCGCAAGGACGGCCAGAUGCUGUCGGGGGAGGACGAGCCGCUGCACGCCCUGGUCACCGCCAACACCAUGGAGAACGUCAAGAAGGCUGUGGAGCAGAUCCGGAACAUUCUGAAGCAGGGCAUUGAGACCCCUGAGGACCAGAACGACCUGCGCAAGAUGCAGCUGAGGGAGCUGGCCAGGCUCAACGGCACUCUGCGCGAGGAUGACAACAGGAUUCUCAGGCCCUGGCAGAGUUCAGAACCUCGCAGCAUCACCAACACCACCGUCUGCACCAAGUGUGGAGGCGCGGGGCACAUCUCCUCUGACUGCAAGUUCACCAGUACUUUCACCCCCAGGGCGGGGGAGCCACAGUCAGCACAGGACCGGGCGCGCAUGGAUAAGGAGUACCUGUCCCUCAUGGCAGAGCUGGGGGAAGCCCCUGUCCCGUCCUCCAGCGGUGGCCCCUCCCACAACCCCCCCAGUGGCCCUCGCGGCUCAGGGCAGAGCAGCAGCCAGGCCCCACCGAGCCGCCCCCCCUGGAUGAACUCCGGCCCCUCUGAGAACCGGCACUUUCCCAGCAUGCACGGCGGCCCCAGCAGCCACGGGGGACACCACAGCUUUCCGCCCCCCGUGCCCAACAUGGGGGGGCACCCUAUGCCUCCCAGUCACAACGGGCCCCCUCCCCCCUGGAUGCAGCCCCCGCCGCCCCCGAUGAACCAGGGUCCCGGCCCGCACGGGCCCCCUCCCAUGGGUUUGCUGCCCCCUAUGGGCCUGAUGCCGCCGCCUCCGCCUCCCCCCAACGGCCAGCCGCCGCCUCCUCCGUCUGCUCCCUUGCCUCCAUGGCAACAGCAGGCCCCCCCGCCCCCUCCUGCCAGCAGCAUGGGGACCAGCGCGCCGCUGCCGUGGCAACAGAACACCAUCACCACCUCCAGCCCGGGCUCCGGCACUCUGCCCCCCUGGCAGCAGCAGCAGUCCUCUGCCGGAGCCUCCGCCCAGCCGCCCCCGCCCAUGGGCACCCCGUCCCUGGUGCCCCCUCCCCCGGGAGUCCAGCCUCCUCUGCCGCCCGGCGCCCCUCCCCCGCCCCCACCCCCGCCCCCUGGAUCAGCCGGCAUGAUGUAUGCCCCCCCGCCCCCUCCCCCGCCCAUGGACCCCACUAACUUUGUCACCAUGAUGGGGAUGGGGGUCCCAGGGAUGCCCCCCUUUGGAAUGCCGCCAGCCCCUCCCCCUCCACCUCCGCAGAAUUAAACCCUACCCACCUUCGCAUCCGUGUAAGGCGUACUGUCCUGGCAGCCCCUUAUCACUGUUUUCUACACAUGCACACACAGACACAAGCACAGACACACACACACACAGACACACACACACACACAGA